AUGGCUGCGCCGCCGAGGCACUCGACCAUGCUGUCCAUCAGCAAUGCGGGCACAUCUCAAUCCACAGGCACCGACAGAACACAAGUGCCGCAGUCGUCAAGUCCAGCACAGACAUCAGGCUUGCGGGUACCUUCAAAUCGCAAAACCAUCUACGACCGGCACCUGAAUCGAAGUCGCAAUGCAGAGCUCAGCCGGGCAAGCUUCGCUUAUUUAUUCGGCGAGAUGGUCACAUAUGCCCAGCGGAGGGUAACAGGAAUCCAAGACUUGGAAAAACGCAAGGAUACCCCCUCGGCCUCCGUCUGCUCGACCUACUCUUCUACCGCUCCACCUCCACCUCCUCCUCCGCUCUCUCCAGCUCCUCCACCUCCUCGUCUCCCCCCCAACCGACCCCUUCGCAUCCUGAGUCUUCUCCAUCUCAUCCACGGCCCCCUCUGGCGCCUCCUUUUCCAGCGCGCGGCCGACGCUCUCGAGCACUCCGUUUCGGCGGAGACGCCCAACGAAUAUAUGAUCACAGACAACGACCCGUUAGUGAAUACGUAUAUCAGCGUGCCGCGCGAAAUGAGCAUGCUCAAUUGCGCGGCGUUCGUCGCGGGAAUCAUCGAAGGCGUGUGCGACGGCUGUGGGUUUGAAGCGAAGGUUUCGGCCCAUAACCAGCCCACGGAGAUGUGGCCCAGUCGGACGGUGUUUCUUGUUCGAUUUGGAGAGAGCGUUAUGGAGCGGGAGAAGGUGUUGGAGCGGGCUGGUGUUAAAUAG